UCAACGUUUACAAUCUGAGAGGGAGGAGUAAGUAGCGGCAGUCUCCAUGCCUUGCAUUCGAGCUUGUAACUCUCCAGGCGGCGACUGCCUCAUAGAUGGGAUUGAUCACGGGAUCAUUGAACAAGAGUUACAAGAAUGCCGGGACUUCUUUUGUCCAAGCUACUGGACGAGACCAGCGCACCUUACGCGAGCCAUUGAGCAAGGCCUUAGGGGAGCUGACCUUGUUCCCGUGGCAAUGAUGCGCGAUGCGGGGGCGUGGAUGUUUAUGCGCCCCAACCGGUGAG